UAAGGAGGUUGGCGGCAAGUCAAUUCAAGGUAAGCGGACGCGUUUGCUGUUGCCAUCAAUCAGCAAUUUUAGAAGUACUGUAGGGACAUAAAUUUCCAUGCAAUUUCUACUAUUCCUGAUUGGCUGGCCUACCAAGGUCACAUAAUCCUACUACCUUUCUUCGGAAUAAGUACUGAUUGGCUGGCCAAGCAACCACAGAUUAACAACCCAUUUGCCAAACUCAGACAUCAUCCAUGGAUGCAACUGCAGCCUGCCUCCUGCUCAUUCUAGCCACCAUGGCUGCCUCCUACUCCGUGUACGCACAACAAGCCCGCGAUGGGUGCUUCGCAGAUGAGAGGGAUGCCCUGCUCUCAUUUCGAGCCGGCAUCAGAAAAGAUCCGCAGGGCCUCCUCACCUCGUGGAGUGUCGAGGACUGCUGCCUCUGGAGCGGCGUCAGGUGCAGCAACACAACAGGCCAUGUUUUCAAGCUCGACCUCCGCAACAGUUUCUUCUUGGAUGAUCUGUUCGCUCCCGUGUUCUCCAAUAACUCUCAUGGAAUGCGUGGAGAGAUAAGUUCUUCCUUGAUUGUUCUGCAUCAUUUGGAACACCUAGAUCUCAGUGGGAACUAUCUUGGGGGAGCAGGCGUGCCGAUACCAAGAUUCCUGGGCUCUCUCCCGAGCUUGGUAUAUCUCAACCUCUCCUCCAUGGAUUUCGACGGGAAGGUGGCCCCUCAACUCGGCAACCUCUCCAGGUUACAAGAUCUUGACCUCAACAACAUCUGGAAUCCUAAUGAGCAUUAUGGUGAUGAUAAUAAACUGCACACCGAGGAUAUAUCGUGGUUACCACGUCUCCCUUUGCUAAGGUUUCUCGAUAUGAGUGGUGUGAAUCUCACCGCUGCUGAGGAUUGGGUUCAAGUGCUUAGCAUGCUUUCUAAUUUAAGAGCCCUUCGUCUCCGUGAGUGCAAUCUUGUUUUUCCACACACACCUCUUGCUCGUUCUAACCUCACAUCACUUGAGAUGCUUGAUCUAACAGACACUGGGGUUGACACCUUGAAUCCAACCUACUGGUUCUGGGAUGUUGGCACCAUCAAGCACCUCGAUCUCACAAACAAUGAAUUUUCGGGACCAUUCCCGGAUGCAAUGGGAAAUAUGACUUCCCUUGAGGUACUCAAACUAGGAGGCAAUUACCUCACAGGUGUAAGAACCGAAUUUCUCAACAGCCUUUGCAACUUGAGAGUGCUAACACUGUGGUCAAAUCAGAUCAACCAAGACAUUUCAGAAGUUUUGAAGGGGCUGCCCCAUUGCGCAUGGAGUAAGAUAGAGUUGCUAGAUUUAUCUCGUACCAAUGUCAGUGGGGAAAUUCCAAAGUGGAUAAAUCAGCUGACUAAUUUGAGCAUUCUUGAGCUCUCUUCCAAUAGGCUUGUAGGAUCAAUUCCUGUUGAAACGGGCAUGCUUGGCAAACUCAGUAAAUUGUAUCUUGAUGGCAAUCAGUUGAGUGGUUCUAUAUCGGAAGAACAUUUCACCAGUUUAGUGAAUUUGGAGGAACUGGACUUGUCUUACAACUCCCUACACAUGAUGAUCAACUCGCACUGGAUUCCUCCCUUUAAACUGCAUCUGGCUUUUUUCCCUCGUAGCAAAGUUGGACCUCGGUUUCCUUUGUGGCUUAAAGGGCAGAGCAACAUUACUAAUCUUGAUAUUUCUGAUGCAAGCAUAGUUGAUGACCUCCCGGAUUGGUUUUGGACUGUAUUUUCAAAUGUUCGAUAUUUGAACAUAUCUUGUAAUCAUAUCAGUGGCAGGUUACCAAGGACGCUUGAAUUUAUGCCUUCAGCGCAAAUAUUUGACCUCAGCUCCAAUAACCUCACUGGCACUCUAUCGCACCUACCAAGGCAGUUGGGAGAACUUGACAUUUCCAGAAACUCUUUAUCAGGGCCACUACCGCAACAAUCUGAGGCUCCAUCCCUCAUGGAUUUAUUGCUUUCUGACAAUAGUAUCAAUGGCACUAUACCACCAUACAUUUGCCAGUUGCAGUUACUGUCAGUUCUAGACCUAGCAAAGAACCAUCUAGCAGGACAAUUUCCCCGAUGUCCAGAGGUGUCAGGAGCUCAAACUAUAAUUUUAAAUGAAAACAACCUUUCUGGUGAAUUCCCUUCAUCCUUGCAGAGCUUCCCAGAGUUGAUUCUACUUGAUCUUGCCAAUAACAAAUUUGGUGGAAAGUUGCCGACAUGGAUAGCAAAGAAAUUGCCAGAUUUGUCUUAUCUCCAGCUGCGGCAUAAUAUGUUCUCUGGUUCUAUUCCAGUUGAGCUCACACAUCUUGGAUACCUGCAAUACCUGGACCUUGCAUAUAACAGAAUAUCAGGAUCAAUACCUCAUGCAUUGGGUAACUUGAAAGCUAUGGUCAAGGAUCAGACACGAUCACAUGGUAACCCUUUACCGUGGAGUGAGGAAAGGCCAGGAAACCCUGAGACGGACUAUGUAACAAAAUAUGAUGAUAGCUUAGUAGUGGUGAUGAAAGGUCAAUACCUUGAUUACACUAGCAAUGUCCUUUUUAUGGUUGGUCUUGACUUGUCCUGCAACAGUUUAGUUGGAGAUAUUCCAGCUGAAAUAACAUCUCUAGUUAAUCUGAAGAACCUGAACAUCUCCUAUAUAUAAUCGGUUGUCCGGUAAGAUCCCAGAGAAGAUCGGAUUCCUUGGAUCAUUGGAGUCUCUUGACCUAUCACACAAUGAACUAUCUGGCGAAAUUCCUUC